AUGGACAGCGGUGAGGGAGGAGGAGGGGAUGGAGGGGGAGGAGAGGAGAGAGAUGCUGACCUCAGUCCCCAGGCUUUAUCUCUUCCUCUCCUGACCAUGGUGGUCAGUCCUGAGCAGGGGUCAUCCUCUCAUACCUCAGCCACGGCCCCUGCCAAAGAGCCCCCGACCCUGCUGCGGCAGGAGGAGGGUGCAGAGGGGUCCUGGGCUCGAGAAGAGACCCAGAGAGAGGAGCAGAAAGAAGGAGGCCGACAUCUGCAGGAGGAUGGAGCACGUCAGAAGCAGGGGAUAAAGGGAGACUUUGAGGAAGAAUAUUUGUCAGGGCAAAGGAAGGAAGAAGGGGAGGUGCAUGUAGGUGAGGAAGAGGCGUCAGUUACAGGGGGCCUCCCAGCAACCCUUAGCAGCAGCAGCAGCGAUGGAGAGGAGGAAAAGGAAGAGGAGGAGGCCAUCUCAAACCAAAGCCAAACCAAAUCCAAAUGUUCUUUAUUACCUCAACAGAGCCAGCACAGCUCUUCUUCCAGCACUGCAAAGGCCAGUGGCACACUCAACAGCAAAACAGCCGCCUCUCCAAAGCCCUCCCCUACUCCGUCCACCUCUCCGAAACCUUCCCCUUUUCUUCCCACCUCUCCAAAGCACUUCACUUGUCAGUCCUCCUCUCCUGCCCCGCUGAGCGAGACAGAGGUAAAAGACAUUAAGGGAGAUCAGGGCUGGAUUUCUGGGUUUCCUCAGAGCUUUAAAUCCCAGCAGUCUUCACUGGCUUUUUCACUGGCAGGUAUGGAGCCUGCUUGUACACCUGCUGAGGAUGAAGGGCCGGCAGGGGUUCCUCACUCUUCCAUUUCCAAUGGAGAUGGUGCCAAAGCUCCAGAACCAAAUGACAGUCAGCUAGACACAGAGAUGGAUGAUGAGAGGGACAAAGAGGAAGAACAGAGAGAGGCUGUCCUUAAAAACCUCAACCAAGACCUCUCUCCUAAUUCACUGACCAGUCACAUGACCAUAAUGCACUCACGCAAUUCCUGCAAAACGCUGAAAUGCCCCAAGUGUAACUGGCAUUAUAAGUCUCAGCAUACGCUGCAAGUCCACAUGAAGGAGAAACAUCCAGAGACAGGAGGCCAGUGUGUGUGUGGUGCCUCUGGGGGAAAGUGUGUGUGUGGGGGUGCAACACGAGACGUGUGUGGAUAUUGUAGUUCGGGGAAACCUCAUCCUCGCCUGGCUCGUGGUGAAACCUACGCCUGUGGCUACAAGCCUUAUCGCUGUGAGGUGUGUGACUACGCUACUUCAUCGAAAGGCAACCUAAGCAUACACAUGCAGUCAGAUAAACACCUUAAUAAUGUACAAAAUGGAGGACACUCAAAUGGUCAUCCGCCCACCUCUCACAUCGCCAACAACAGCAGCUCCUCCAACGGUCACACAGUCGAGGAGCCAGCAUACAAGCUUCCACUCUCUAUUGCCACAACUACAACCCAGCCUGCUAAACUUACACCACCUUCACACUCUCAUGGUAAGCGGUGGCGCUGUGAUGUGUGUGACUAUGAGACCAGCAUUGCCCGCAACCUGCGCAUACACACCACCAGCGAGAAACACACACACAACAUGCUGCGGCUGCAGAGAGGUUACUAUCUGUCUCACUGCAGAAGCCUUGCCCCGCAGCUUAAACACUUACAAAACACAGGUGAGUCAUAUCUUUACCCGUCAAAUCAAAACGACAGUAAAACCGUGCAAUUACUGGUCAUCCUUACUGGGUUUCUGUCUGUGUUACAGGCGCUGAACUCUCCUUGAACAUGAGGCUGACCAGUCAACAAGUAACAGAACAACCAGUCACUUUGGGGUCUACUCUGACUCCUUCCCCCUCUCCCUCUCCCUCACCACCCCCAGCCCCGUCUCUGUCCCCAACUGGUCUCCUCACCCAGGGCGUGUUUCAAUGCCUUGUCUGCUCCUGUUUUGCGACCGACAGCUUGGAGUUGGUGGAGCAGCACCUGAACGCCUCACGCUCCUUGCCGCAGUCUGAGUGGUGCUCCCUGGUUGCGGGUGGCUGCCACUGCAGGCUGUGUGGCUACACCACCCCACUGAGGGCCAAUUUCUCCUUGCACUGUCAGACUGAUAGACACCGCACUCGGUACCAGCUUGCUGCUCACCUUCACGAGGGUGGAGACAGAGGUCAGGAGGGGGCUGCUCUUAUCGCUAAGGGUAACCCUGUGCAGCUGCGGUGCAACCUGUGUGACUUAGUGACUAGCAGUUUGGAGAAGCUACGAGAACAUUCCCUCAGUUCACACCACAAGGCCGGCGUCCGGGUUUACAGAGUCAGUGCAUAAUUUUGUUGUCUUAAUAUGAAAAAUCUACAUCUGUUUCCAGCAUUUGUCAUAAUUUUCAAAUGUUGUCCCUCCUUGCUCCUUUAGUUCCUGCAGCAGUAUGAUGGCGAGGUUGACGGUGGUUCAUGGCUGUUCCACUGUCUCCUAUGCAACCACUCCUCCUCUUCGAAACUCCAAGUUUUGAAACACAGUCAAACCCCCACCCAUCAACAGAGAGAGGGGCUCCUACAGCUACAGCCCAUGGGCGGCGAGGAACUGGCAGCCAUUUUUACCAUCAGGAAAAACUCUGAUGGCGACCAAGGUGAGAACAUGAGCUGUGUGGUGUGUUCAGUUUUCAUGUGAGAGCUGCAUCGGAGUGCAGGCCAGGGACCGGGAUAAAAAGAGUGAGAAAAUGAGUAAUGGAUGUAACUGAGGUAUUGAUCAAGUAAACUGAUUGAUCAAUACACAUCCUUGUUAUAUCCCAAUAAGUCCUGACAACAGCUAACUAGCACCUGCUAAUCAAUGCUCCAAUAUGAGCUCCAAUAUGAAUACCCUUAACAAGAGUGGAAGAGGCGGAGGCGAACAGAUGUCUUCGGAUGAAGAUGAGACACACAAUUGAUGGGUGUGGAGUGCCGGCACAACACCUAAAAUAAGUAGUUCAUUACUUAAGUUGUGGAUGCAGUGUAUCCUGUGAUUUGUCUCUGUGCUGAUUAAGACUUAUUGAGGUGAACUGAUGUGUUGUAAGUCCGUAUUACAUCUGCUCUACCUCUGAGGAGAAUCUAAUGGAGAAUCAAUGAUCAGUCAAUAGUGUAUGGAUGCACACAAGAAGAAUGAAGUGCACAAAGAUAUACAUCUAUUUGAAGGACACUGUGGAGAGAACAAUAUGAACUACAAUUAGCCCGGAAGUUUGUAAGAACCUUUUGUAUGUUGCACAUCUUUAUAUCAUUAUUUUCUUAUUCCAGGAGAGUUUGGUGAGGAUAUGGAAACUUCUAGUGAGACCACCACUGGUCCUUUGGACACAACCAAAGACAAAUGUGACUUGAGUUCUGAGGAGACAGGUAUUUUCCUUUUCCAAAAUUUAACUCUAACCUUAAUUUGGUUAAAUAGUAUGUCAUAGAUUGCAUUAAGAGUAACUAAUCUAUAAACAUAUUUCUAUUAUUUUUUUAAGUUGAAGUAGAAAAUAACGGGGAGGAAAGAAAACAGAGAGAGUCACUGCCCUCUGUAAAGCGUUCAUCCCCCGGCUAUGAGGAAUUGGAGAUCUCCAUCUCAACCAAGCGCCCCCGACUACACCAGCAAAAUGAGAACCAGCAGGUGAGGAUUGUGAAUUUAACAAAAGUCAACAAUAAACACAGUUCAAAUAACUAUCUAAUGUCAAAGAACCCUGCAGACAUACCAUUCCUCCUACUGCCUCCUGAUUUUUUCUCAUUUAUUUCCUCUCUCUUCUUUUCUCUCUUCUCUUGAAGACUGUCCAGUGCCCUUUGUGCCAGGUUAUACUCCCAUACACACACCUUCAACAGCAUCUCACACAUGUGCACAGCGUGGCCCAGGACUGUGUGGACAAGCUCAUCAGCACAGUAAGUGUAUGCCACCGUGUAUUUGUUGUAUUUGCGUUUGUUGGGAAGCAAAAGAAAACGAGAAGGCAAAGCAAUGGGGGGAUGGGGGAGAGUGAAAUAUAGGGAGACAAUUCCAUUAAGAAGGCACCAGAGAGAAAGGCAGCGCUUUUUUUAAUGCAUGUUUAAGUAGCUCCCUGCUAUCAUCUUUGAUGCAGCCGUGCAUUCUGUGUGUAUGUGUAUGUGUGUCUUUUAGAGUGGAGGAGAGAGGGUUUGACUGAGUGAGUGAGUGAGUGAGGGAAAAGCCAGUCUUUCUAUAAUGCAUGUUUAAGUAGCCCUCUAUUACCAGAAGUGCAGUCAAGCUAAAAAGGGGCCCCCAUGCUUUUUACUGUGUCUCUCCAACUAACAAAGACUGGUCAUCUAUCCACAUCACCAUCCUCCAUCUCUCUGGCCCGUAUGCUAAGUGGCCUUUGUCUCUUGCGCUCUUCGCCUCCACUUGACUGACUGCUUUUCACCCUUUCCUCCCUCUGCUGUCCCUUUCUCCCCCCUCAAGCUACUCCUAUCAUUCCUAUUCAGCAAUCUCUGCUCCUGCCCCUCCCUUUCUGUCUCUCCCAAGCUCUCUCUCAAUUUCUUAUGCAUUACCCCUCCCUUACUCAGGAUCUCUCUCUGAAGCAGUUUUUUUGUUCAUUGCCCCAUACUUCCUCACUCCCUCUUCCUGCUCCCUCUCUUUUUCAUAAUCUAAAACUCUAACCCCUCCCAAUCAUCGUCCUCCCUCCUUUUCUUCCACCCCUCCCUCACUCUCUCUGAUAGUAAUUGAGGUUCAUUAAUUCAGACUGAGGUGAUGAUGGCCAUUAUGUACCUUGCUUUCCAAUUACGCUCUCUAGAUUAAGCCUGACCUUCAGUUUUCUCUGCAGUAUGCCCGUGUGUGUGUGUGUGUGCGCGUGUGUGUGUGGUUGUUCUUCUCUUUCUCUCUUAUGAAGCUGUUUCGCACAGAAAACUCUUGUCAUGUAAAUCUCAUCUUUAGCUGUCCGUCCUUUCCUUGGGGUACCUAGCUGUUUGCAUAGAUAUAGUAUUUGCUCUCAGUGCUUGAAGCUGUGGAGAUGGAGGAUUUCUAUAUGAAGAAUGAUUUUGAAUAAAUUCAUUAUUCACCUCAGUAAAGUUUUAUUAAACCCUUGGGGCAUGUUGGAGGAUGUCGUAGGCGCUGAAGGGCAGAACCCACAUAUCUCUACCAUAUACUCUUAUUAUUAAAUUGAUGUGCCCUGCUGCCUACUCUGCUUUGCGAGCAGGUGCAAGAUUUAAAGAUACACUCACAAAUUCAUACUUGAAUGUUUUAUGGUGUUAGGACAAUGUGUAGGCACUACAUGUUUAUAUAUCAUGAUGUUUGCUUUGUAUUAUGCAAAUCAUGUUUUAUUCAUGAUGUUAGAUUAUGAGAAUAUGUUGAUAGAAGCCUGUUCUUUUAGUUUGAUCAGGUAAACAACACUAAAGGUAACUGGUAAUAAAAACAAAAGGGAUGCAAACUUAAAAACUAUCUGUCAUUUCCCCUCAGGUCACCCCACAGAUGAAACAACAACCGCAUCCACUGCAGACUGAACCACAACCAGAGUGGUGCACGGAUGAUACACAGAGGAGUAAAAACUCCAAGAAUAACAAUGCAAAUUGUUCUGAUACCGAUAAUACUGAAGCUCCAGCUGACUCACAGAAAGACAAAGGUUUGUAAAAGAUAAUACCAUAUGAAUGAUAUGCAUGAUCAAACUAACCAUGUCUGAAAUAUCAAUUGAUGGUUAAAUACAAUCAACUCUGUUGUGACAAUACAGUUUAGAUUCAUUGGCUUGUUAGCCUAAUAAAAUAGUGAAAUAAUUUUGAAUAUAUAAUCACUGAUUUUAUGCAUGUUUCUGUUAUUUCAGUUGAAAACACUGAAGGAGAAGUAGCCGCACCCAAAGAUGUCACAGCUCUACUCACCCCACCCCUCGAAGACAACACCACUCACCAUUCAAACGGCAGACUGGCUCCUCAGUCCCCAACUCAGAUUCCCCCCUCUUCACCACCCAGUUCCCCAGCCAGCGACCCCCCCUCAUUUUCUGAUCGCCAUGGUUACCGGUUUCGUUGCAGCAGGUGCAGCCUGGCGUUCCCCACUCAGGAGAAGCUCCAACUGCACUGGCAGUACCAUGCCAUGAGGGCGGCGACAGAGUGCCCCAUUUGUUCAAGACAAUGCCGCAGUCAGGAGGCUUUGCAGAGACACAUGCAGAACACACACUCACAGCUUGACAACACACAAGAGCAGAAUACACUCUCACCGUCUCAUACUACACAGUACAUGGAGCAUAAUAAGAGCUCAUCUCAACAAGAUUUGAGUUUAUCACCUCAAGUGGGUCAAGAUGCAGGAGGGGCUGAGGAGGAGGACAUAGAGGAGGAGGAAGCUCUUCCCUCACAUGAAAAGGAGGAAACAAAAGUGGUUGAGUUUAAAGAGAAGGAGGUGGUUGGAGAAAUCAAUGGCAGUGAGGAGGAAGUAUCUGAACAAGAUAAAGGGGCAUAUGAGGAGAUUGUAACAGAACAAAGCUCCAGCUCUCCUGUCAAAAAGAGCUCCAACCCCACAAUGGACCGCUACCUUGAUCCAACCAGGCCCUAUAAAUGCACAAUCUGUUCAGAAUCAUUCACUCAGAAAACCAUCCUUCUGGUCCACUAUAACUCAGUGUCGCAUCUUCACCGGGCCAGACGAGCCCUGCAGGACUCUGGCACAGGUGUGGCUGUCCCUGAGACUCCCCGUGGCCCAGAUCCCAGGCCCUACCGCUGCCGACUGUGUGGUGUAGGCUACAGCCAGAGCUCCACACUGGACAUACAUCUCCGCUCUGUUCUACAUCAGACUAGAGCUCGUGCUGCCCAGAAUUCAGCACCGCAGACCCCGUCAUCCAGUGUAGCUACCCCAUUGUCAGUCUCCACUACUGUUACUCAGGCUACUACCACCAGAGAAGACAAAACAUCCAAGUGCUUGCCCCUAACCAAGAGGCCAGAUGUGGUUAGCUGUUCAACAUCUUCACUAUUAGCCCCAGGCCUACCAGCUGAGACCCAGUCAACCCUCUCUAACCCAAGUGACAACCAGCAGGCUAAAAAGAGGGUGGCAGAGCUUUUGGCAUCCAGAAACCAGCUAAUGCUAAUACAGCAGCAACAACUAGCCCAGGCUCAGGCACAGGCUCAAGCUCAGUUACAACAACAAACAGUCCUUCUUCAGUCUCAAUUAAUGCAGCACCUUCCUCUAGGACCAGAAAAUCUCCUCAAACAACACUUCCCCCUGGCAGCAGAAAACUUGCUCACUCUGCAACAGCAGCUGCUUCUUCCCUUCUACUUGUCAGGAGACAUGAAGCUUAACCCUGAAUCUGCUGUUAAGAGCCCAGAACAGUCAAUAUAUGACAACUCCAUCACAAAAGAACAAUUUGGGGUAGAAGCUAAAGGGGAGUCCCAGUCCAAAAUACAGAAACAAACACAAAGACAAAAUUCAAACCCAUCUUUCAGUCAACUAAAGGACCAUGGACAUUGUGAAGCCAUUGUUGAUACAGGCUGCAGUGGAUCCUCCAUAAAACAGACAGGAAGACAAAUUGGCCAUUCAAAUCUCAAGGAAGAAAAGGAAGAAAUGCCCGUUUCUGGCAUUAAAGAUGAGGAUCUGAAAAAUGGAACAGAUUCCUCAUCAUGUAAUUCUUUUGGGCUUCAGUGCCCUCCUCCAAGAGUUCCUUAUGCUGCUGUGAAUGGGGAGCCUCUUAGAGCCCUGCUGCAGAGUUAUGGCUUUGAGUUGGCACUGCAAUAUAUACAAAGUAGACACAGACACCAGCAGCAGGUAUUAACUCCUGUGAUACCAGAUAAACAAGUGUGCUCUGAUAACAAAGAGAUGGGGGUUUUCUCAGAGGGAGAGAGGGAAAAUUUUGGUAGAUUACAGGAUGUAGGGGAGGAAGGCUGUAAUAGUGAUAAAAACAGAGUAGAAGUCAAUGGAGGGACAGAAGUCUUGUCACCAGAGAAAAGGCAGAAAGAAGACGAGGAAGAGUCAGCUGAAAAAGAGAAAGAAUGCUGUAAAAAAGGAGAGAAAUGUAGAGACUGUGGCAAGCUUUUUUCAGAUGCCUUGAUUUUAAAAAGCCACCGUGAAUAUAUUCACAGGUCUCUGUUUCCAACAGCUGCAUUGGAGAGAUUUUCCAGAGAAUACAGGCUGCAGUAUGACCAAAUGUAUCCCCUCCCACAACCGAAAUCUGGGGAGGAUUUAGCUUCUUGCCCCCAAACUGCAGUCCCAGCACCUUCCUCAGAAUCUGAACCAGCAGAGGAACUAGCUAAACCUCAAGUCAAAACCCUUGCAUCUUCACCUGCAGCCACAGUUUCAGACCCCUUAACCAGAACAUGCACACCAGUUACAGACCCAGCAACAGCUGCCCCUCCACCAUCUUCCCCGUUACCCCUUCAGCCUCAGGAUUUUUCACAAGAGGCACUCAACCCCAGCACAUCUGCUACAGCUACAUCUCAAACCACAUCCCAGGCUACCUCCAUACCUUUGCCCUUACCCAUGCUUCCUCUUUCCUUGCCUCAGCUUCCUAUGCCUCCACUGGCUUUGCCUAAACUCCCCUUACCUCCCAUUCCAUUUCCAAUGGAGCUCCCUCUCCUCCCGCCAGUUGUGAUGCAGUCAGUCGCUCUUCAGUCUAAACCUUGGUUAGACUCAAGUGUAAACCCUGAGUUGGCAAAACUCUACCAAACUCAACUCAACCCAGCACUGCUAGGGCAACAACCUCAGCUUAGUCCAGCUUUGUUAGCCCAACAACCUCAGCUCAGCCCAGCUUUGCAAGUUCAGUCCUCACAGCUCAAUUCUGUGCUGCUUGGUCAACCUCCCCAACCAAAUCCUAUCCAAACAGGACAGCAACCCCAAGUCAGCCCAACGAUACUUGAACAGGGAAAGAGAACUCGAACCCGAAUCUCUGAAGAGCAGCUGACUGUUCUAAGGAAACACUUUGAUAUCAACAGCCUCCCUAGUGAUGAAGAAAUAAGCAAGAUGUCUGCCUCAUCUGGCCUGCCUCACAAGGUCAUCAAGCACUGGUUCCGUAACACUCUAUUUAAGGAGCGUCAGAGAGACAAGGAUUCUCCUUAUAAUUUUAAUAAUCCCCCUACCAUAGCACUGGAAGAGUCCAGUAAGGAAAUGGCACCAUCCCAGCCUUUGUCACUCUCCCCAAGAUCACUGUCACCAGGUCUCCCAGCCAGCAACUCCCCACUGUCCCAGACAACAGACCUUCAAAGAGGAGAGUCCCAUAGGGGUCGACGUUCUUCUCGCACCCGCUUCACAGAGCAACAACUGGAGACUCUGCAGAGUGUGUUUGAGGCCACACCCUACCCCAGAGAGGAAGAAUAUGACAGACUGUCAAGCCUCCUGUGUCUUCCCAACCGGGUGAUUGUUGUUUGGUUCCAAAAUGCCAGACAGAGGGCCCGCAAAAAUCAAGAACGGGGGGUUGAUGAUGGAUCAGAAGGACAGAACCAGCGUGACAACAUUCACAGACAGAGAAAUGUUUGCCAAAAGAAUGGAGAUGAUGAAAAUGAUGAUUACAGUUGUGGGGAUGAAGGACAAAGUGAAUUCCAAAAUGAGAACUCCAUGGAUUUGACCUAUGAGUAUUACACCCACCCUGAUUCACCUUUCCUUGAUUCUUCCUCCCCCUGCCCAGAGAGCGAGCAUUCAACAGCCAAAAGUGAAUCCACAUCUGUUCCCAGAAAACAAGAUAAAUCUGUCCCUCCUCUAGAAAACAAGAACACAGCCCCUGCUCAAACUCAAAGUGCAGUCUCAGAUCCAGACAUUCUACAUAAAGAAACAGUUUUGAGUAUGAAAACAGGGUCUUCUCUGAAGUCUGAGCCUAACCUGCAGCGUGAAAGCACUGCAGAAAGAUCUGCACUUUGCUCUUCCUCCUCAUCACAAAAAGUGGAACCCUCCAAAACUUCUACUGCUCACUCCGGCCAGGGUCUCAUACACACACCCUACUCUGAUCAAGCUGUUGAAAAGCCUAUCAAUACACCACCCAGUCUCCCUGUUCCUCCAGAGCCUGAAAAAAUUCACUUUCAACAGCCCGAUUCCAACCCUGUCUUAUCCAUGGAAACCCAGCCAAAAAAACAGCUUCAGCCCCAAACCCAGGCUCAGUUUCAGUGCAGCCUUUGCCCAGUAUCAUUGCCAUCAUUCCAGCUAUGGCAGGAGCACCAGACUAGGCACCUCCUGGCAGCUCAAUCCCAUGUCCAAUUUCUACACUCUGGCUUCACAGACCGAACCAUGCCUUAUAUGAUGCUCCACCCCAACCACACCCUGAUGGCCAGCCAAAUGCUUUCAGGUGCUAUGUCCCAAAUGCACCCAAACCCAACACAUGCCAUGAUUUCACAGUUAAGCAACAUGCAGAUGAAGAACACACACUCUGAUCACACAAGUACCCCCCUCGCCAGCCUUACCCAAAGCUCCCUGGCAACCAUAAAGCAGAAUACAAAACUUCUGUCAGAUAGCAGUUUAGAAGGCCAAGGGAAUGGUAGGGAAAUUGAGGAGGAACACCGAAGGGACAAGCGCCAGAGAACCACCAUCACCCCAGAGCAGCUUGAAGUGUUAUAUCAGCGCUACAGCAUGGACUCAAACCCCACCAGAGGUGUCCUUGAAAGCAUUGCACGUGAUGUAGGCCUCACAAGACGUGUGGUCCAGGUACUUACAUUCACUUUUUUCAAAAGCAAUACAUGAUAACAAGCUAAUGAUUUUGUGUAGUUGAAUAACAUACGGUCUUAUCCACAGGUUUGGUUUCAGAACACAAGAGCCAGAGAGAGAAAAGGACAAUUUCGUUCACUGGGGCCAGGAUCAAGUUUCAGCUUGGGCUUCAACCACCUGCGUUGCCCAUUCUGCAGGGCCCUUUUUAAGGUAAAGAGCGCUCUGGAUGCCCACAUGAAGUCACGCCACUGGGCUGAAUCUGAAAGGGCAGGCUACAACUUAUCCAUGAGUAAUGGAUCCAGUGGGCAAAUUGGGAUGGUGAUGUCAUCUGUUGUGGACAGACCUGGCCCCUCUGUCACUUCCAACCCAAACCAAGGCUAUAUCUUUAACAACAAGGAUCUGAUUAUGAAGCCACCCACAACUGCUUUGUCUUCAACCACUGACUUAAACAACCAAGAGGAAGAGGAGGAUUAUGAGGAGGAUGAGGAGGAUUACCCAUGUGAAGAGGGUUCCAGUUUGGCUGACCAAGGUUCUCCUAGUCCAGAGGGAUCUGGGGGUCCAGGUGCAGAUUGGGGUGAGACUCAAACUCUACAGCAGCAACACCAUCAGCAGCAGCGCCAAAGGACACAGAUGAGUCACUACCAGAUACUCCAGCUCAGAGAUUUCUACAGAAGCCACCGUAACCCCAACCGACAUGAGUGUGAGGCAUUGGGCCAGGAGUUGGGACUACCUCACCGUGUGGUGCAGGUAAAUGCUCAAAACAUAAUUAAAUAAUAAUAUUAAAAAGUUGGAUCUGUAGUCAUUUUAGGUUUUAACAUUUUUUUUUUUGAAAAGUGUGUCUUUUCCAGAAAAUGACUUACAUUUUUUCUUAAAUAUCUGUCUUUGUAGGUAUGGUUCCAGAAUGCCAGAGCCAAGGAGAAGAGAGCCAGGAGCCUGAGCUCUGAUGCUGCGGAGAGAGAGCAGGCCGAGCUGUCCGCAGGGGCAGGGGAGAGAGACAGAGCUUAG